CGUGCCCGGUACAUAAUCGAGUCAAACAAUCCGGUACAAAGUUCUCUUCUGUCUCUCUCCGUCUCUCUCUUUUUUUCCAGGCUGCGUAGGAACCAGUCGAGGUUCGUUUUGGAGGAGAUAUGAAGUCGAUGAACGUUACGGAGUCUACGACCAACAUGAUGAUGGAAGAGGGAUACGCAAUGAAGAAACCACGGACGUCAUGUGGUGUAAAGUUCUACUUCGCGUUCUUGAUGUUGCUACAGCUAGCCAUAGUUGCAAUAGUUGCUGCAAUGACAUGGCAAGUACUGGACAUUGGGACACACGUGAAGAAAGCCGACAAUGGACAAAGUGGUGGCCAGGUAGGAGUACCUACCCCAUCGGUCCCCCCAAAAGCUGAUGAAGUUUGUUUGACACCCGACUGCCUACGUACAGCUGCUCGCCUGAUAGAGUAUAUGGACCCCACCAUUGACCCAUGUGACAACUUCUUCGAAUACGCAUGCGGAGGUUGGCUGGCCAAAACCGAGAUCCCUCCAGACUCGGGAAGGUUCGGCACCUUCAACCAGCUCCGGGACGACCUGACCGCGAACAUGCGAGACGUUAUUGAAGACACUUCACUUGAAAAGGGCGAGGAGGUGGUCGAGAAAGCACGGACUCUGUAUCGGUCUUGUAUGGACGUAGGACUCCUAGACGACAAAAAAGAAAAGCCUCUGACCGACCUUAUCACCCAUCUGAACGGCUGGCCUGUUGUUAACGAUACCUGGACUGAGGACAACUGGGACCGUCUGGACACCCUGACCAAGCUGAUGCGCUACAGCAACAGUUUGCUCAUGAGCAUGUACGUCACUGCUGACGACAAGGACUCAAACGUCUACAUCCUUGCCUUUGACCAGGCUGAUCUUGGAUUGUCCAGUCGGCAAUAUUUCUUGAACCCCGACCUAAGCUUUUACCGCGAUGGUUACUUGAAUUACUCCAUUGAUAUCGCCUUAAAACUGCGCGGAGACAAUGACCGAGCCACGGUAGUGCAACAGAUGACUGAUAUGGUGGACUUUGAGACAAAACUGGCAAACAUAACUGCGCCUCCUUCUGAACGAAGAGACCCAGAAGCACUGUACCACAAGAUGAAGCUGUACAACAUGUCUGAUUACUUUGAGUUCCCAUGGGUUGACUACGUGAACAAUGCUGCAUACAGCCUGGACGAGACCAUCACAGGAGACGAAGACAUCCUUAAUUAUGCCCCUGACUUCUUCAUGAAACUUGGCCCUCUUCUUGAAGAAACUGACAACAAGACCAUCGCCAACUACAUCAUUUGGAGAAUGGUACAGAACAGAAUAGGGAACCUGGGAACCGAGUUCCUUGAGAUCCGUGAGAAGUUCAACAGGGACAUCUUCGGUGUCGAGCCUUCCUCAAGGUGGGAGACCUGCGUCUCGGUGGUGAACAGCGUUAUGGGUACUGUCGUCAGCCGCCUCUACCUGCCGAAGUUCUUCCAAGAAGAAAGCAAAGCAAAGGCCGUCGAAAUGAUCGACAACAUUAGGAUUGCCUUUAAUGAACUGCUUGAUGAGAACUAUUGGAUGGACGAUGCCACCAGAGCUGUUGCUGAAGAAAAGGCAGCUGCUAUGAAGCAGUUUAUUGCCUACGAUGACUACAUUGUCAACAACAUCACCAGAUUAACUGAAGAUUAUGAAAUGCUGCACUUCGAUGAGCUUGAGUACUUUGGGAACGUACUGCACAAUAUGGAAGUUUCCAACAACGAGACCUUCAAGUAUCUGAGGAAACCGAAGGAGAGAUCCCUUUCUUUAUUGGCUAACGUACAAUCAUGUACACGAAAUCUGUUUUCUUUCUGCAGGUGGAUAACUCACCCUACCAUUGUGAACGCCUUCUACUCACCCUCACGGAACUCCAUCAGUUUUCCAGCUGGUAUUCUGCAAGGACCGUUUUACGACGGAACAUACCCACGUUAUCUGAACUACGGCGGUAUCGGUGCUGUGAUUGGCCAUGAGAUUACCCACGGUUUUGAUGACUCAGGUCGCCAGUUUGACAAGGAAGGUAACCUGAACGAGUGGUGGGACCCGACAGUAGCCGACAAGUUUAAGGAAGCCGCCCAGUGUGUUAUGGACCAGUACAGCAUGUAUCAGUUCGAGGAGGCAGGAGGCAUGAACCUGAGUGGAGUCAUCACAUCUGGUGAGAACAUCGCCGACAAUGGAGGCAUGAAGCAGACCUUUAGGGCAUACCGGAGCUGGGCUGCAGCUAACGGGCCAGAGCCGACCCUGCCUGGACUGGACCUGAACCAGGAACAACUGCUCUUCCUCAACUACGGACAGAUCUGGUGCUCCAAGUACCGUUACCAGAGUGCUGUCAGCCAGGUGCUCAACGGGCCACACAGUCCCGGGAGGUUCCGUGUCAUUGGUACGUUGUCCAAUACUCCUGGCUUCUCUGAGGCCUACAAGUGCCCUGUUGGGUCCAAGAUGAACCCCAGGAACAAGUGCGCAGUGUGGUAGCCGCUAUAGACAACAAUAAGGCCUGCAUAUAGUAACGGAGAAAAAAAAAGAAAUUAAUAAAACCAAAUCUAUGCAAUUUGUGCUUUCUGAUAAUUACAUGUGACAUAUUCAAAGCGUUAAUGUUGUAUUCAUAGCGAUAUUAACAUAUUAAUAGCAUAAUUUCAAUUUAAACGUUCAAAUAUCAUAACUUACUUAAUAGAAUAAGAAUUAUGUAUUGAAUAACAGAAUCUCUCGUGUUGGUAUAUAUCAUAUUGUAAAAUUCUAAUACUACAUCGAAGUCGCAAAAAUUAAUCAAUGUAAGAAAUGAUCACUACUCAAAAUAAUUUGAGCCAUCAUCAUACCACCGCAUACUUCUCAUAUGCGUCAUAGUUUCGUAAACAUGACGUCAUAAGAGGUCAAAGGUUGCAUGAAGUCGAUGUCGUCCACCGAGUCGGUUCAAGAAAGGUAAAUGAACUUUUAUGUAGAUGACCUCUUUAACUUAGUUAUGAUGCAAAAUGUCGGAUUCUUAGUGACAAAUUAACUCAGAAAUCAUUGUGUUACGUUUAUCUUUCUUUUGGACAGAAGUGACAUCACUGCUUUAGUCUACUCUAAGAGUUUUUGUCUUUCGUGUUAUAUGGUGCUUACAUUUGGACAUCUUAUGACAUGUCUUUUAUUAUGCUAUAAAGAUUCAUUUAAACUGUGAUGAGAUAAUAAAAACUUUUAAAUCAA